AUGGGGGAGACCACCUGGCGAGCAACCCAGCCACUAGAGCCGCCGGACAUACCCACCUCUCCUGAUACCAUACAGGCAGAUUACCGACUCGGAAUGAGCGGGAACCGGCGAUAUGCCAAGAACCCACAAGUCACAGAGGAGCAGCACCAAUAUCCGACAUGCCGGAGAAGGCUGAACCCAAAAUGGGACAAUGCUGCACGGGCUUGA